AUGAUCCCGCAGACUGUUUCGUGGACGAGUGAAAACGAACAAAAAAUUGCGGACAGUUCAAAAACCAUCGCUGAACUUUAUAAUAGUUACUUCGUCUCGGUAUUCAGUAUUCACCAGAAUACGCAGAAUGACCAAGAGGGCACAAAUAAGAACGACGAACCUAAUAUCGAAGAACUAGAAAUAACCCUAUCUGAGUUAGAAGUCUUCUCCGCAUUAAGAGCUCUAGACCCAGAUAAAGCACUUGGACCAGAUGGUAUUCCCAGUCGCAUUCUUAAAGAAACAGCACAACAAAUUGCGCCAUCGCUAACUCUGCUGUUUAAUAAAUCCAUCAAUUCCGGGGUAGUUCCUGACGAGUGGAAAUUAGCAAACGUGGUUCCUGUCUACAAGAGGGGAGAGAAAGAAGAUGUACAAAAUUACAGACCAAUCUCUCUUCUAUGUAUUGUGUCUAAAUUGCUGGAGAGAUGUGUGUUGAAACACAUCUGGGAACAUUUACGUGUGAUCCUCAACGAGUGUCAACAUGGUUUUGUACCGGGCAAAUCGUGCACUUCACAACUCAUUGGCGUUCUAGAUAAGAUUGGAAGAUUGCUCGACCGAGGAGAGCAGAUAGACGUCAUAUACCUAGAUAUGUCCAAGGCAUUUGACAGGGUGAACCACGAAAUAUUGAUAGAAAAACUACGCCAUCUAGGAUUCAAGACCAACCUCCUCAGAUGGUUCAAAUCAUACCUUUAUCAUCGCCGUCAACAGGUGACCGUCCUUGGAGCAACUUCACCCACCUUGCCGGUAACGUCUGGUGUUCCCCAAGGUUCUAUCCUCGGUCCUGUACUAUUUCUGUUGUACGUCAAUGAUUUACCUGACAAAAUCUCCUCAUCAUCGAUAGCUGCCUUCGCAGACGACACGAAAAUCUUCAAGCGAAUUUCAAGUAUAACUGACAACAUCCACAUGCAGGAGGACUUGAAUAGCCUAGUGCAGUGGUCUUGUUCCACUGAUCUUACGUUUAACCCAACCAAAUGCAAAGUUCAGACCAUAUCGCGAAAAAGAAAGCCAAUCAAGACCUCUUACACCAUGGGCGACUCAGAUCUAGAACAUUGCAGUCAUGAAAAAGACCUUGGAGUCUGGAUAUCGUAUGACCUGACGUGGAAGAAACAUGUGCAGACGCAAAGUGCUAAAGCCAACAAGAUCUUGGGCUAUGCAAAGAGAACAACACAACGCAUAGGAAGUGUCAGAACUAGGAGAACAAUCUAUCUGACUGUUGUUCGUGUACAGCUUGCUUAUUUGUCUCAGGUCUGGGCCCAUCAAACUGUGGAACUGAUCAAAGAAAUAGAACGAAUUCAACGGCGUGCCACUAAAUACAUACUUCAACUACCAUAUCGCUGUCCUGACACUUACAAAGAACGACUUAUCCAGACAGAUUUACUUCCACUCUCCUAUUGGCAUGAAUAUUUGGACAUGGUACUACUAUUCAAACUUACUAACAACAUAACUUACACAGAGAAAGCACUUUUACCGACAGUCAAAGAACCAGGAAGGUCAACUGACAAGAUCUAG